AGCUCCGGGAGCGCCUCGAGGCGCUCGAGCGAAGGAUGGAGCGGGCGGAGGCGGCGCUGCGGAAUCGAAUCCCCCCGGCCCUGCGGCUCCGCACGGUGCCGGUGCGGUUCGAGGAGGUGGCGCUGCAGUUCAGCCCGCGGGAGUGGGACACCCUGGACGAGGGACAGCGGGAGCUCUACCGGAGCGUCAUGGAAGGCAACUACGAGAUGCUGGUGUCCCUGUGUAGGCUGUGCUUGCCCCGGGGAGCUCUCUCGGGGUCGCUUUUCUGCCUCUUUGCCUUUCACUGGGAUCUCUCCAGCUCUCAAAUGAUCCUCUCCAUUCCCUGUCCCCUCCGGCAGCGGUUGGAGCUUGGCAGGGAUGCGCAGGAAGGGUUAGUAAGUGCUCGGUGCCUUUUCCUCGUGGAGAACAGGGCCGCUGAACCCCCUGGGUUGAAAUUCCCUCUUUUCAGCCCAGGAAUUCACUCUUCUGUGUUCAUCCAGAUCCUUGUGUGGGAGCCAGAGGAGAGCGGGAACCUGGUGGAGGAAAGCGGGAACUUGGUAGAGGAAAGUGGAAACCUGGCAAAGGAAGGUGGGAAGCCAUCAGAGGAAAGUGGGAAGCCAUCAGAGGAAAGCGGGAAGCCAUCAGAGGAAAGCGGGAAGCCGGCAGAGGAAAGUGGGAGCCCAGCAGUCCCGGAGAACUGCAGCACACCAGACACCGAGGUGGGGAUCCCAAUGGAGGUGCCACAGGAGGAGGUCACUGCGGAGAAGCCGAUAGUGCCUGGAACAUCCUCAGAGGGUCCGGAAGAGGAGAAGGGUCUGGAACAGGAAGAUGUGAAAGAUUCAGGGAAUGUUGGCCAAGGUCCAGCGGCUGACGUUCCCAAAGGACCAGGAAAGGUAGAUUCUGGCCCAGAAAAGCCGGAGAAGGGCUCCUGUGUGGGCCGGCCGGCGGGCUGCCAGCGAAAUGCCACCCGGGAAUUCUACUCCUGCCCCAUCUGCAGCAAACGCUUCCUGCUGAAGAUCAACUUCCUGAUCCACCAGUGCAGCCACAGCAGCUCGGUGCCCUACGUCUGUGUGCACUGCGACUGCAAGUUCAUGUCCAAGAAGAAAAUCAGGCGGCACCUCCGGGCCUGGGCGGCCAGCGGGACGUGCCAGCCCUCGGAGCCGGAGCCACGUCCCAGCCGGACACCGUGUCCGACCUCCCAGCCCCAAACACAGGUGGCCAAUGGGACAUGCCAGCCCCCGGAUGCUCAGGUGUGUCCCAGGCAGGUGCCGUGCCCGACGUCCCAGCCCCAGGCCUUGGUGCCCUACGGGACCAGCCAGCCCUCGGAGCCAGGGGUGUGUCCCAGCCAGGUGCUGUGCCCGACAUCCCAGCCCCAAAUAUGUGUGGCCAGUGGGACCUGCCAGGGCUCAAAGCCAGAGGAGUGUCCCAGCUGGACACCGUGCCCAACGUCCCAGCCCCAAACCUGGGCAGCCAACAGGACCUGCCACCCCUCAACGCCAGAGGCGCAUCCCAACCAGGUGCUGUGCCCAACAUCCCAGCCCCAAACCUGGGCAGCCAACGGGCUGUGCCAGCCCUCGGAGCCAGAGGUGUGUCCCAAUCAGACACCGUGCCCACCAUCCCAGCCCCAAGCCUGGGUGGCCAACGGGACCUUCCAGGCCUCAAAGCCGGAGGCGUGUCCCAGUCACACACCCUGGCCAACAUCCAAGCCCCAAACCUGGGCAGCCAGUGGGAUCUGCCAACCCCCGAAUCAGCCAGAGGUGUGUCCCAGUCAGACACCGUGCCCGGCCUCCCAGCCUCAAGCCCUGAGCAGGGACCGUGGCACGGUGUGGGAGAAGCCCAGCCCUGCCAAGUGCCCGCUGUCCCCUGGGAAAAUGCUGUACACGUGCAGCGAGUGCCUGGAGAACUUCUCCAGCCAGAGCUUUCUGACGGUGCACCAGCGCCAGCACUCCGGCCGCCACCUCAUCCUGUGCCCCUGCUGCAACUGGAGCUUCACCUGCAUCUCCGACUUCGUCCGGCAGCACUGGGCACACGGCGGUGUCCGGCCCCACCAGUGCGGGAUCUGCCAGAAGACCUUCAAGAGGCUCUACCACCUCAAGGUGCACCGCAGGACCCACAUGCGGCAGAACCGGCCGCUCCCCCGCGCCGACCCGGUGCCCAUCCCGGCGGGAACCGUGCCAGGAGACGGGGUGGGAAGCCAGGGAGCUCUGGACCCUGCCAGGCUCUCCUGGAGCACCGGUGGGGCUUGGGGGGGGAUGCAGUUGGGAUCCCUGUGGUGGAGCCUCCCGUGCUUCCAGGUGCCAGCGGUGGGCGAGGGUGAGGCGACCGUUCUGCCCGAGCAGGAAUGGGGGAACACGGACAACCAGGAGCUCCACGGGAUUGCUGUGAAGGGGAAUUAUGAGGCCACGGUCCCUCUCGGGGAGGAUCAGUCAGAUCAUGUCAGAGGCAUCAUCAUCCCUGGGCUGAUCCAGCUCCCGAGCCCUCCCCAUGUGGAAUGUGGGGGGAUUCCAGGGCCUGGAGAUGCCGAUUCCAAAUCCACGCUGCUGCCACCAGAUGAGGAGAGGGAGGAUCCCGGGAUCCCUGAGCUGCCAGAGAAGGGAGCGGUGAUGGGACAGCUUGGUGACGGUGAGAUGAUCGUGAUCAAGAAGGAAGAGCAGCAGCCGCCGGAGGACGGGGCCGAGCUCCUGGCUCUGCCCACGGCCCCUGCGGAGAGGCUGGACGAGGAGGGUGCCCUGAGCCAGGAGCAGCCGGUUCCCUGGGACAGCCAUGGCGUGGCCGGGCCGAAGGCGGCCGGGGCAGGACUGGGGGAGUUCUCCCUGGGGGAGUUCAAGCCGGUGGUGGUGCCGGUGGAGGCUCACCCCGCCCCGGGGCUGCCCUUCCCCAUGGAGCACGUGCUGGGCGCAGGGACGGAGCAGCCCUUUGCCCUUCCCCAGGGAAUGCCGCUGGGAGAAGACCCCGGUGCCGAGGGGGCCUCGCCGCAGCCCGGCUGGGAGCAGCACGAUCCCUGCGCCGCCGGGGACGAUCCCAGGGCGCUCCCGCCGGGCUGGAAGAGCGUCCGGCUGACGCGCAACCUCCUGGCGCGGCAGCAGAGGAAGAGCAACGGCUCCUUCAUCUGCUCCUCCUGCGGGAAGAGCCUGGCGCACCACGCGGCGCUGCUGCGGCACCAGCGCCUGCACACGGGCGAGAGGCCCUUCCAGUGCCCGGACUGCGGCAAGAGCUUCAACGAGAAGUCCAACCUCAACAAGCACUACCGGAUCCACACCGGGGAGCGGCCGUACCGCUGCCCCUCCUGCGGGCAGGGCUUCGUGCAGAAGCACCACCUGCAGAAGCACCAGCGCAUCCACGGGCCGCCGCGGGGCGCGUGGCCGGGCCGGCCGCCGCGGGCCAGCGCCGCCGGGGAGCGGCUCUACCGCUGCAUCGAGUGCGCCGAGAGCUUCCCCCAGAAAGCGUCGCUGGAGGAGCACCAGCGCCGGCACACCCAGCAACGGCCCUUCCAGUGCCACGGCUGCACCAAGAGCUUCCGGCACCGGCAGUCGCUGAACCACCACCAGAAGGUGCACGCCGUGGCCGGCUCCCCGGCCGGCAGCUUGCCGGGACACAAGCGGGAGCUGGAGCCCUGCGAGGCUCUGGGCCAGGACAGUCGGUAGCCGGAGGGCUGGAGGAGGGAAGGCAGCUGGGGUCACAUCGCCCAGGGACUUGUGGCACCGCCGGGGGCUCCAGGAGGAGGAGGAGGAAGGAUGUGCUUCGUGGGCAGGGAAAGGCCCCCAGGGACUGGUCACGAGGCAGCAGAGGAGGGUCAGUGGCUGGAACCGAGCCAGGCGGUGCCGCUGCCCCGUGGAUUCAGAGGAGCAGUGGCUGUUUUGGGUCUCGGGGAAUGGUGGAAUUCAGGGUUGUCUGAACACUGCCAGCCUGGACAGAGGUGGCCUGGGAGUGGUCGCUGGCCUGGGGUGGUUGAUGAUCUGGGAGUGGUCAGUGUCCCCAGGGUGGUUGGUGGCCCAGGGCUUGUCAGUGGCCUGGAUACACUGCGGGGGGCUGGGCUGCGGUUGGAAUCAGUGGAUGAACCAGGAAGAGACUUGGAUAAAAGA